AUCGAUCAGGUGGCGGUGUAUUUCAAGUCCUUAAUCGAGGAGUGGGAGCGCGAGCUGGAGUCCAAGCCCGAGGAUUGGGUGUACUCCAACGCGGGGAAGCAGAGCGUGGCGAACUGCAGGCUGUGCAAGCAGCACAUGCGGCCGCUGUUCAAGCGCAUAAAGCGGCGCGAGCUCCCGGUGGACAUCGAGCGCGCGCUCUUCCUCAUCGUCAAGAGCAUGAAGGAGAGAAACUACAGGAAAGCCGCGGACAUGUACAUCGGCAUCGCGGUCGGGAACGCGGCGUGGCCCAUCGGCGUCACGUCCGUCGGCAUCCACGAGCGCUCGGCGCGAGAGAAGAUCGGCGCGCAGACGCAGGCGCACGCGAUGCACGACGAAGAGACUCGCAAGUACCUGCAAAGCAUCAAGCGGCUCAUCACCUUCGCGCAACGGGCGUACCCCACGGUCCCGUCCUUAUCACUCGAUUUCAACUCU